GCGGUAACGCGGGGCGCGCUCCCUUCCCCGCUUGCCCCCUGGCGGCCCGCGGAGGCCGCGGGGCCGGGAGCGGCCAUGGCGUCUGCGGGACCCGCGGCUGCGGACGGGAAGGAACCUCUGCUCGGGGCCGGAGAGGCGGCGGCGGAGGGAGAGGAGGAGGAGGAGGAAGAGAGCAGGGAUGUUGUGGAAACUCAAGAGCAUUAUAAGAGCAGGUGGCGAUCCAUCUGGAUUAUGUACCUUACAAUGUUUCUCAGCAGUGUAGGUUUCUCCAUUGUAAUUAUGUCUGUGUGGCCAUAUCUCCAAAAGAUUGAUCCGACAGCAGACGCGAGUUUUUUGGGCUGGAUUAUAGCUUCAUACAGCAUUGGCCAAAUGGUUGCCUCUCCCCUGUUUGGCUUGUGGUCCAAUUACAGGCCCAGGAGAGAACCUCUUGUCAUUUCAACUGCUAUUUCAGUAGCUGCUAAUUGUCUCUAUGCCUAUGUCCAUGUACCUCACUCGCACAACAAAUACUACAUGCUGACUGCACGUGCUCUCGUGGGAUUUGGAGCAGGAAAUGUGGCUGUAGUUCGGUCGUAUAUUGCGGGUGCCACUUCUCUUACAGAAAGAACAAGUGCCAUGGCCAACACCAGUGCCUGCCAAGCGGUUGGCUUCAUAUUAGGGCCAGUUUUUCAGACAUGUUUUACACUUAUUGGAGAAGAAGGAGUAACAUGGGAAUUAAUUCGUCUUCAGCUGAACAUGUAUACGGCACCGGUUUUAUUUGGAGCUCUCUUAGGAGUUAUUAAUAUUAUUCUCAUCUUUGCCAUAUUCAGGGAGCAUCGAGUGGAUGACAUGGGACGGCAGUGCAAAAGUAUUAAUUCUGAAGGAGAAGAAAAUGAUGCCCUGGAUCAGGACACAGAAGGAAACGUUGACCAUGUUGCUGUGGUAGCACUCAAUGUUCUCUUCUUUGUCAUCUUGUUUGUGUUUGCUGUCUUUGAAACUAUAGCUACUCCAUUGACGAUGGAUAUGUACUCCUGGACAAGGAAAGAAGCUGUUUUCUAUAAUGGAAUAAUCCUUAGUGUGAUUGGCAUUGAAUCAGUUAUUGUUUUCAUGGUGGUUAAAACGCUAUCAAAAAAGACUGGUGAGCGUGCCAUACUCCAUGGAGGCUUACUGAUUGUCUUGGUUGGAUUCUUUAUCUUACUGCCUUGGGGGAAGAAACUACCAAAUAUCCAGUGGCAAGAAAUAAAGAAUAACUCCAUUCCCAGAACAGUUCCCACUGAAAUGUUAAUGCCUUUCUGGAGUUUGCAAGAGAUGCAGCUGCCAUCCAACCACACAGCAGAACCCGUGGGCUGCCCCCUCACACAGUCCUGGUGCCUCAAUACUCCGAUGGUCUACCUGGCCCAGUACCUCAGUUCUGAUGUGCUCAUAGGAUUGGGCUAUCCUGUUUGUAAUGUCAUGUCCUACACUUUAUACUCAAAAAUCCUAGGACCAAAGCCUCAGGGUGUCUACAUGGGAUGGUUAACUGCCUCUGGAAGUGGAGCACGAAUACUUGGGCCUGUUUUUGUGAGCCAAAUAUACACUCACCUGGGACCACGCUGGGCAUUUAGCUUAAUCUGUGGAGUAGUUGUACUCUCUCUCUUACUCUUGGAGAUAGUGUACAAGAGACUAAUUGCAUUUUCUGUCAGAUACGGAAGGAUGCAAGAAGAGAAUUGUUAGAUAUGCAUUUAAAGAAAAAGUAAAAUGAACCAGAAGUAAUACUUAGUUUAUUACUGCUUUUUAACAAGGAGUACAUAACCACUGACCUUGCUGGCUGUGUGCUAACAACUGUACACCUGUACUUAUGCAUUGACAGAAUACAUAACUUGUUCAUAUCCCAAUGUAUGGUUACACCUGCUGCAGUAGAGCUUUUGUGUUCUGCUUUUCUAGCAGCAGAGGAAGGGAUGUGGCAGACUGGAUCGGUACAAUGGCACAUUUGAUGUGUUUACAGUUUAAAUGAUGCACCCGUGCACUGAAUGCAGCUGGUCACAGGUUACGGCCAUCCUUUUGAGGAAGAAGUAAAAGAAAUGUUAUCUUGAUUCUGUGAAUCAGGAUUAGUAACUCUUUUGUAACUGCAUGAUUAGUUGAGCUGCAUGCACUUUGUAUGGAGACAUCACUACUUGAGCAAACCUUCUGAUGUUUGGUUUGUUGGUUUGUAAGCACUGGUUAAUACAGACUGUUUGAUUCUAGAACCUGUUACCUAGUAGUACAUCUCCAGGAUUUCAAAGGAAGUGUGACAGAAGUGUAGAGGAAUGUAGAUGCCCUCUGCAGAAGUAGUUUGUGUGGGAUUUGGGUCUUUAGGUUUGUUAAGAGCCAUUGAAAAUAGUAUCAGCAGCUGUUAUUUGAACUAUGGUGAACUAUAUGUGCAAUUUUUCCUCUCCUGUUUUGCUGAUUGCCUUUUUGUAGCAAGAAAGAAAACCUGCCCCAAGUUCAAAUAUGCACAGCUUUUCUUAACUACAAGAAGGAAAGACUAAGCACAAUACUUUACACUUUUGUUGUCACUUGUGAGAAUGAAUGCACUGUGCUGAGCGGGCGUAGUAAUUAAGUAAAAGGAGAAAAGUCCUUGGGUGUUUACUCUUAGACUUAUACAGGUAACAAGGUACAAGAGACAGGAAUUUCCAACGUUUUAAUUAUUCAGAGGUUAUUUUAAAAAGUGAAAUUGUAAUUUUCCCUCAUAGUAGGGCCUAAGCAUUUCGAUACAGGUUGAUUUUAGCUGUUUUAAUACUACUGGGGAAAAAAAACGGAAUUACUCACUGGAGCAAUGAGAGUCAUGGCUGCUGUUUAAUGUCUCUACUAUUUGAUGCUUAUUAAAUGUAAUAAGUGUAAUUAUGUAUUCCUACAUGUUCCUACGUAAUCAGUUGUUCAAACACUAAAAGACUACUGAAUUAAAAGAUGAUUUUUCCAAUACUGA